AUGGAUGGAUUGACGUUCGACGAUGUUUUCAAGCCUUCUGCCAACCGUGCUCCUCCUCCGCGGACGGAUUCGCCAGGAUCGCCAAAAGACAAAAAAGUUCCGAAGGCCCGAACGCACCUGGACAAUUUUCUGAGAGUAUGUCGAAAUCCUUCUUUUUCAUCGUUGUUUUUCCUUCCAGAAAACUCCUUUGAUGCUUCUGGAAGAGGGCGCGCAUGCCGUCUACGAGCAAGCGCCUUCCUUCCAAACCAGCGAAUACCAGACGACCAGCGGACCCGGAUUCGAGAUCAAAGUGACAUUGCGAGGAGUUUCCACGUCGGCUCGCGCGGUCAGCAAGAAGCUGGCGAAGCAGAAGGCAGCCGCUUUGUAUCUGCACGAAAUGCUCAAGAAGGGCGACCAGAAGGCGUGGUUCAUUCCGGGCGCGAACGAGGAAGAGGCUCAUCAGAACGUGGACACGACCCUUCGGAUACUGGAGGAAGGACGGCAGGCGGUGGUUCCGUUGAAGGAGAAAAAGGAGCUGUUGUCGGGCGACGAGAGCCAGUCGAUUCCGACGUCCCAAGGCAAUGUGCCGGACGGAAACUGGGUCGGAAUGGUGCAGGAGAAGCAUCAGAAGCUGAAGGUGCCGCCGCCGACCUACGAGGACUCGCAGCUGGCGAACAAGCAGUUCGUGGUCACGUGUACAGUGCGUAUUGGCCCUAAAAUUCCUCAAAUUGCUUGAAUUCUCAUUCCAGAUGUGCAACAAGAAGACGCGAGGGGUGAAUUCGACGAAAAAGGGCGCGAAAGCCGGUGCGGCGUACCUGAUGACGCAAUUACUAGAUAAAGGAAUAGAUUCGCUCCAGGAUUACCUCAUCGGUGAGUCUAUUCUGCCUUGAAAUCUGCUCAAAUUACAAUUUCAGACGAUUCUUCCGACAUUGAGGACGAGGAGCACGGCGAGAUCGCGAGGAUCGCCGAAGCGGCGUUCGCCGAGCAGAACAAGGAGGAGGCACUGAAGAAGGUGCUCUCCGACAAGCGGAAAUUCGGUCAAUUUGAGCUGAAUUUCCGUCUUCCGUCGGUGAACGUCCAACAUGUGCAUCAGAUCAUUCUAGAAGUGAAGGUGGCCCGCCCGGAUUCGCCCGAUUCGGACGAUCUGGCGGUGGGCGCCGAGCACACGGACACGGCAGAGCUCGAGAAGAAAGAGCGGGAGCGGCAGCAGCGGACUGUCACGGACCCCGGGCCGAAGGUCUUCUGCGGCUUCGGAACGUCUGAGGAGGCAGCGCGCGAGAAGGCGUGCCAAUCGGCGCUCAUUCACUUUAACACGUACAUUCUCAACGAGAAUCUCUAG